ACAAAUUUCAAUGAUAGACAAGAAGUAAAAUUCCUUAUCCCUUACGUAUGACAAUAAAACAAAAAAGAAGCAUUGCAUUUGUUUUUAGUCACAUGGCUGCUAAACAUUUAAUAUAUUUGUAACAAUGACUGUGCAAUAUGAUCGCGUUAAAAACGAUGGUGUUGUUGAAGUUUUAAAAAGAGGGGACUACAAAGAAAGAUCAAGUAGCACAGACACCAAGACAACCGAGCCGAUAGUAAAUCGUUUAUCAAAAUUAAAAACGUCACCUCAACCAUGGUACAAAACGCGCAAGGUUACGGCGAAUCUAAAAGCUACAUUGCCAGAUAUAAGUCCCAGAGAAGUGAGAAGAUUCUACAUGCCAUACCACAAAGCGAUUCUUCUCGAACUUAACGAGCAGGACUACCAAGAAGCCUACCGUCGUAUGAAAGAGAUUCUGGAACUCGAUAUAAAAAUUGGUGAAAAAUCAUCGAGUUCCUUGAUGUGGAAGAAACCAUACUUGAAGAAUCGAAAGGAUUUCAUCGAUCGUCUAAAAGAUGGAUUGAUGGCCUUUGAAAAUGGCAGAAGGGAAGGUAAUUCCAUCGUUGAGGCAACAUCGCUGUUGGACACAGCUCUCUUCUUUCAGUCGAAAACUUGGGAAUGGUGGUGGAUAGCAGAACGUCUCUACCAGGAUGCUCUCGUGAUUGCAGAAGCCAUCGAGAAUGACGAUCGUCGCACCGUCACCUUGAUACGUUACCUUUACGGUCGAUUCCUCUUCAACGAAUUGCAGAAGCCGAAGGAAGCUUUGAAUUAUCUAAACGAGGCACGGGAAGCAUCUAAGAAGAAAACAUGGAAUGCUUCCAAGAUCUUGAAAGAAAAACAAAGUUCCAUUUUCAGAGAGUGUAACAUCCUCCAAUACAAGGCACUGUUGAUUCUCGCUCGAAAGGAACGACCAGAGAAUCCUGAUUAUGCUCUCAAGGCCUGCACGGAAGCUCUGGAAAGAGCCACGGAUGCUGACGACACAGAAUACGUAAACGAAGCCCUUUACGAGCUGGGGAAAAGUUACAUCGCGAGGAACGACGUCAAGCGCGCGUUGCACAGCUUCUCCAAGUUAUUGGCCUUGGCGAAAAGGAUUCCAGACGCUGCGGGAGUCUGUAACGCCCACAUGGAAUUAGCAUUCGCGUACAAGCAAUUGAACGACAACGUCCACACGGAGAAACAUUUGAGGAUGUUUAGAGAGAACACUAAGCAAUUCGGCCUCUUUGAAAAACUCGCAGACGCCCACUAUUACACUGGUGAACAUUACUUGACUCAGGGUAGUUUAACUAUAUCUACUUCACACUUGGAAAGCGCUCUGCAUAUUUACAAUAAACUCGGUCUGUCCCGCGAAGCCGAUCGCGCCAGAAGUAUCGCGGGCAUCUCUAAAGGACAAGAAAGAAUCGAGAAGUUUUUCGAGUUGAUCUCGCGAUGCGGUGAACACGACAAAGACGCCAUUUCGAAGAUAUGCCUUUGGAAAGGACGCAGAGAACCGUUCUGGACCGACGAGAUACACGGUAAACAAAGAAAUAUAGUCGUACACAAAUAUACAGUAAUAUACAAGAUCGUUUCUUUUUUUUUUUCUUUACCCGCAAAUUAUUUCAUACACUCUUUUUAUAUAAACAUCGCGAGUAUUAACAGCGAGCCACAAAAGAUAUCCUCCUCAACUGCUGACUUCAGAUUGUCUAUAUCCUUUCAGGAUACGCGUUAUCUGAACUCCUUUUAG